AUGGAAGUAACCAAUCAAUCUCAAACGUCACCAGACACCUUCCUGCUGAUGGGAAUCCCGGGACUAGAGCACCUGCAUGGCUGGAUAGGGAUUCCCUUCUGCUCCAUGUACGUGGUGGCCGUGGUGGGAAACGUGACCAUCCUGGCGGUGGUGAGGGCAGAGCGAAGCCUCCAUGAGCCCAUGUUCCUCUUUCUGUGCAUGCUGUCAGUCACUGACCUGGUCCUCUCCACGUCCACGCUGCCCCGCAUGCUCUGCCUCUUCUGGUUCGAUGCUCAGGACAUUCUCUUUGAUGCCUGCCUGACCCAGAUGUUCUUCAUCCACAGCUUUACUGCCAUGGAGUCAGGCUUCUUCCUGGCCAUGGCGAUUGACCGUUACGUGGCCAUUUGUCAUCCACUGCGCCACACCACCAUUCUCACCAAUGCUCGAAUUGCUAAAAUGGGAGCCUCUGUGGUAUUCCGGGGUGUGGCUUUCUUUUCCCCACACCCGGUCUUGCUCAAGCAGCUGCCUUACUGUAGAACCCGCGUUAUCGCCCACACCUACUGUGAGUUCAUGGCUGUGGUAAAGCUGGCGUGUGUGGACACAGGAGCCACCAAGCAAUACAGUCUCAGCGUGGCCUCUGUCAUUGGUUCCUGUGAUGGCUUUCUCAUUGCAGUCUCCUAUGUCCUAAUCCUGCGUGUGGUCUUUCGUCUUCCCUCACGGGAAGCAAGUCUCAAAGCUCUAGGCACGUGUGGCUCCCAUGUCUGUGUCAUCCUGGUUUUCUACUCCACAGCUGUCUUUACCUUCCUCACUCACCGCUUUGGCCACAAUGUUGCUCCCCGAAUUCACAUCUUCAUCGCCAAUAUGUACCUUCUGGUACCGCCAUUCCUUAACCCCAUUGUUUAUGGUAUUAGGACCAAGAAAAUUCGAGAAUACGUUCUUAGUUUUUUAAAGGUGAAGGUUCCCUGA